GAAAAGCUCAGAGGCUGAACGAAAAGCUCAGAAGCUGAACUAAAAUCUCAGAGGCUGAAUGAAAAGCUCAGAAGCUGAACUAAAAUCUCAGAGGUUGAAUGAAAAGCUCAGAAGCUGAAUUAAAAUCUCAGAGGCUGAAUGAAAAGCUCAGAAGCUGAACUAAAAUCUCAGAGGUUGAAUGAAAAGCUGUGAGAAAAAGAAACACAUAUAGUUAGCUUUAUUGGUACUUCGCUAAACAUGUCUUUCUUCGAGGAGGGAUUCUUUUGAAAUAUCCACUAAUGAAUGGGUGAUGGACAUGAUUGUCUCACCAUUUCCCAUCUCUGAGAGAGAUCCUCAUCACUGAAGCGUCAUUGAACUAAAGAGGACACAGUGUCUGAGGCUCGAGGACAGUCGAGUCAGCUCUGUGCUGGCCACACGACUUUACCACAGAGGAUCCAAGAUAUCCUCAUCAUUGGCACAUUAAAAAAACUAACCUACGGAGUCUGUGCAGAGGUCACACAACACGGUGAUUGAGACCCAAAAACAUCAGAGCUAGGAGGACAAGAUUCAGGACCGGAGUCGGGACCACAUCCAGGACCAGAGUCAGAACCAGAACCGGAGUCAGGACCAGAUCCAGAUCCAGGACCAGAGUCAGGACCACAUCCAGGACCAGAGUCAGGAUGGGGUGUAACAUGUGUGUGGUGAAUCGGCCGGAGCAACAGUACAAAGUUAUGUUCCAGAAGGGCUACGUAAACGGGACACUGAGACCUCUUGAUGGACAUUGCAACAAGGUCAAAGGAAGGAGACCAUCUCAGCUGCCCCAGGAGAGAAAUACUCCAAACUCCAACUCCCAGGGUCCUUUGCUGCUGCAGGUGGUAGGAUGUAGAGGCUACCGGAGUAAUGGUGGCACCUUGGGGCCAGGGGGUACCCUGGGUAAUGUAGGCACAAUGGGGCUGGUGUCCAUCCCAGACUGUGUGGAUAACUGCACUCAGACUGACAUUAGCUUCCAGAAUAUUCUGACCGUGGGGAGGUCAACCCACCACCAACCCCAUGGCGGCUCCACACCCACGCAACCACCACCCUCUCCUCCACUGCCUCACCUCAUGGACCCUUAUCUACUGAAUGAGUUCUGUACCUACGAUCACGAGUACAACGAUCCCAACGACUACUUUGACAUAGCUCACCACGAAGUGGACAGACAAGAGGAACUGGAGUACGAGGAGGUGGAGCUGUAUAAGUCCAGUCAACAGGACAAGCUGGGGUUGACAGUGUGUUACUGUACAGAUGAUGAGGAGGACCUGGGAAUAUAUGUAGGAGAGGUCAAUCCCAACAGUAUAGCAGCAAAGAACGGACGUAUCCGUGAGGGAGACAGAAUUCUGCAGAUAAAUGGUAUUGAUAUCCAGAACAGAGAAGAGGCGGUGGCCAUUUUGACCAGAGAGGACAGCAUCAACUUCUCACUGCUGCUGGCCAGACCCGACAUAGAGAACGAGCCCCAGGGAAACCCAGAGGAGGUGGUUAUGGAGAUACCUCUCAGCAUGAAUGUUGAGGCCCUCCACACCUACCACCUGCCCAGCCUCUACAGAGAGGGGCCACACACCCCCACCCACAUCCUUAGUCUGACUACUCUCAGUAACAGUCAGGAGCUGGACAGUGGCGUGGGCCGUACAGACGAAAGCACCCACAACGCUGAGUCCUCUGAACAUGACCUGCUGGGAGAGGACCAGGACCAGACCAGCGCCCCAAACACCAACACAACCAACACCCCAGGCAGCAUGAGGAAGUUCAGGCCUGGGAAUACACCCUCGUCCCCCUCGCCCCACCUCCAAGAGAUCCACCUCAGUAAUGACUCCCAGCCAAGGGUGGUGCUGUAUGGAGGAAAGGGACUGGGAGGGGGUUUGGGGACAGGGUUGGGAUUGGGGUUGGGGUUGGGGGGGUAUGUACCCGACCCACUGAUGAUGAUGAUGAUGAUGCCGGGUCUGACUGAGGAAGAGUGCGAGAGGUACAGGGAGCUACUAGAGAUCCGGUGUCAGUUUGAAAGGAACAGGAAGCUUGCUGAGAGAAGCCAGGGAGGAAGAUCAGGGACUGAGGAGGAGGAGGAGGAGGAGGAGUGUGAGAUGUGUGAGGGUGAAGGGGGGAGUGACCCAAAAGUCGAUGUAAACUGCAACGAGAGCAUGACGCAACACAAGAUGGCGUUGUUAGAGGAGGAACUACGUCAUCUAGAGUUUAAGUGCCGCAACAUCCUGAGAGUGCAGAAGAUGCAGCAGCUGAGAGAACGACGCAUGAAGGCGUGGCUUCUGGAGGAGGACGUUGUUGGCCGUGGAGCCCUACCCACUGGUUCUGAACCCGCACCCGACCACGACACAGACCCAGAGCCCGCCAACGAGCUCCACCGCAAGCUAUCGGACAUCAAUGAGCUCCCUGAGCGGGAGAGAUCUGACCCAGACCCAGACCAGGACAAAGACAGCACCAGCGCCUACAACACAGGGGGAGAGAGCUGCAGGACCACCCCUCUGGUCAGCACCGAGUUACUCCCUCUGUCUUUGUCCAUCCAGGAAGAGGGUAGAGGUGGGGACACCCCCAACAGACACAGCCGAGACGGGGCCGACAAGGUCGGGUCUCGGCGGGGAUGGGAGAAAGGAGGACAUGGGAGUCUGAAUGGUUCCUUCUCUCCCAACAGCUACAGGAAGUACCAGAUCCAAAUGACCAACGCCAGCACAAGCCCCAUCCAUCCAAAAUUCUGGUCUCUGACCCGGGGGGAUAACGUUGUCGGGGUGGGGUCAUCAUCGCAGAGGGGGAUAGCUGAUGGCGGAACAACCACAACACCCCCACGGAAGUCCCCCAGAGCUAACCCCACACACCACGACAGGUCAGGGGGUCGAACCGCAGAGUCCAGCCCAUACUUCACCCGGCGUCGCCAAGGCAACAAGCCUCCGGCACCGAAACCCUACCAGAGCUGCAUGCAGCUGCCGUCGAGCGACCCGGAGGUCCGGAUCGACUCCCUGGACUCUGUAGACCGAGCCGUGGUCCCGGGGAUGGGUCUAGGCGAGAGAGGGGCUGCAGCGGGCAGCAGUGGUCAGGCCAGUCCCAGGAGUGUUAGUGGUGCCCCAGCAGACAGCACCGAGGCCCAGGACAGCCACACCGGCCUCCCCCUACACCUCCCUCUGCAGCCGGGGCCGGCUUCACCUCGCAUGGAGUGGAAGGUGAAGAUCCGUAGCGACGGGACGCGCUACGUUGCCAAGCGACCAGUGAGGGACCGCCUCCUUAAAGCCCGGGCAAUUAAGAUCAGAGAAGAGCGCAGCGGCAUGACGACGGACGACGACGCGGUCAGCGAGAUGAAGCAGGGACGAUAUUGGUCGAAGGAGGAGCGUAAACAACAGCUGCUGAGGGCCAGGGAGCACCGGCAGCGCCGUGAGUUCAUGAUGCAGAGCCGGCUGGACUACCUGAAGGGAGACAGAGACCUACAGGAGGGAACUGUGGAUGGGAAGGCUACAGGAGGACCUCCAGGCCUGCAGGGGGAGACAGGUGGUAGUCCCAGUAUCCUGGCCCUCAGCCAGAAGAAGUUCAUGAAGAAGAGGAACAAGAGGAUCCUGGAUAACUGGGUCACCAUCCAGGAACUACUCGCUCAUGGAUCCAGGUCACCGGAUGGAAAGAAGGUGUAUAAUUCUCUUCUCUCUGUUACUACGGUGUGAUGGAGGGAUGGGAGGAGGAGAGGAGAGGAGAUGAGGAGAGGAGAGGAGAGGGUCUACAACCCCCAGCUCUGUUACUACGGUGUGAUGGAGGGAUAGGAGGAGGA